UAUUCUAAGGUUGAGGUUGGUGGGACCGAUCUCCCGGUUUUUGAUUUUGGUGAUAUCUCACUGUUAUCAAAAUUACCUUUCUAUACCACGCACAAUACUAUGGUUCAUUUCGUAUUUUCGUGCUACUAAAAGUCGAUUAAACACAACAAUUCCUCUUUGUCGUUGCGUUUACAGUUUUGUUAAACUUAUUUAUUUUUUUUUAUAUAAACCUUAAAAUAACAAUAAUUGAAUUAUGGCUUCUGCGCAUUACUUGGAACACUAUUUGGACAGUUUAGAGAGUCUUCCUGUUGAGUUGCAGCGUAAUUUCACUCUGAUGCGAGAUCUCGACUCGAGAACUCAAACAUUGAUGUGCAACAUUGACAAACUGGCAGAUGAUUAUUUGUCAAAUGUCAAAGGGUACGCACCAGAUAAAAAAUCUGAAGCCUUAACCAGCAUACAACGUCAAUUUAACAAAGCAAAAGAAUAUGGUGAUGAUAAAGUGCAAUUGGCUAUACAAACUUAUGAAUUGGUAGAUAAACACAUAAGGAAACUAGAUUCAGAUUUAGCACGUUUCGAAGCUGAAAUUCAAGACAAAUCCAUCGGUGCUACCAGAAAUAUAGAGGGAAAUUCACAAAAACGAUGCAAAAAAACUAAAGACAAAGAUACAAGAAAGAAAAAUCUAACGAGUGAAGAAGAAUUAGCUUCUAAUAAUACGGUUAAAAAGAAACAACUGAAAAAAGGAGUUGUAAAAACAACAAGUGCAGCACCUAGUAAAGCUCGUUUUAUCAAUGUUGUCACUAAAUCAAUAAAUCCUGCAAACAUCGUCACAAGUGUUACACUAGAAAAUAGUUCCCUUACUGGUGCAUUAGUUGAUGCUGGAUCUUCACAUUCUACUGAAGUAUUAGACAUGCCCGUCGAUCCAAAUGAACCCACAUAUUGUUUAUGUAACCAAGUCUCUUAUGGUGAAAUGAUUGGCUGUGAUAACCCAGAUUGUCCAAUUGAAUGGUUCCACUUUGCAUGCGUCAAAUUAACUACCAAGCCUAAAGGAAAAUGGUUCUGUCCUAAAUGUAUAGCAGACAAAAAAAAAAAAUAACAUGUAUGAAUUUUUAUUUUUAUUUCAAAUACUACAUAUUAUAUUAUAAUAGAGUAAAAUGUUUUGUUAAUAUUUGUUUAUGAUGUAAAAACAAAAUAUGAUUAAAAUUAAUAAAAUAUGUAAUAUUGUCAUGAACUGAAUGUAAAAUGGUCAUAAAAAUGUAAUUUCUAAAUUAAAUUUGUUUGUAUAUUA